AUGGCGGUGGCGCGGCUGCGCGCGGCGGCCUCCGCCCGGCUGCAGCCGGCGCUCGCCGCGGGCGGCCGCGGCGAGAGGCGGCCGCUCGGGACGGCGGCGGAGGUGGCCGCGGCCGCGGGGCCGGGGGCCGCGAGGUGGGAGCUUAUGGGGGCGCGGGAGUACUACGACUACCGGCGGGCCAUCUACGGCGACAUCACGCACAAGGCCAUCCUCGUCGACGCCGCCGGCACGCUGCUUGCCCCCACCGAGCCCAUGGCCCAGGUGUACAGAACGAUAGGCCAGAAGUACGGAGUGGAUUAUUCAGAGGAUGAGAUUCUGAUGCGGUAUCGGCGGGCUUAUGCUCAGCCAUGGGGUAGAUCACGUCUGAGGUAUGUCAAUGAUGGAAGGCCAUUUUGGCAAUACAUAGUGAGUUCAUCUACUGGCUGCUCAGAUCUACAGUAUUUUGAGGAACUGUAUCAGUACUAUACAACUGAAAAGGCUUGGCAUCUCUGCGAUCCAGAUGCUGGACGUGUUUUUGAGGCAUUGAGGAGGGCUGGUGUCAAAACAGCUGUCGUGUCCAACUUUGACACCCGUCUUCGGCCACUUUUACAAGCCCUUAAAUGUGACCGCUGGUUUGAUGCAGUUGCUAUAUCUGCUGAGGUUGCAGCAGAAAAGCCAAACCCUACAAUAUUCUUGAAGGCCUGCGAGCUGUUAGGAGUGAAACCUGAAGAAGCUGUGCAUAUUGGUGAUGACCGUAGGAACGACAUAUGGGGAGCAAGGGAUGCAGGCUGCGAUGCCUGGCUUUGGGGCAGUGAUGUUUACUCCUUCAAGGAGGUUGCGGAGAGGAUCGGGGUCGAGAUAUAG